AUGGCGGCGGCUGAGGCGGCCACGGCGGCGGCUGGGCCUCGGGUGAGGCGGGGACCGGGACCGGGCCCGUGGCUGCGGCUGCUGGCGGCCUUGGCGCUGCAGGCGAUAUCUGCAUGUGGGACAGAAUUAUCAUCCGAAGCAUGCCGAGAACUAGGAUUUUCCAGUAACCUACUCUGCAGUUCUUGUGAUCUUCUUGGGCAGUUUAGUUUGACUCAACUGGAUCCCAGUUGCAGAGAAUGUUGUCAAGAAGAGGCCCAAUUUGAAAGCAGAAAGCUGUAUGCUGGAGCUAUUCUUGAAGUAUGUGGAUGAAAACUAGGAAGGUUCCCACAAGUCCAAGCUUUUGUUAGGAGUGACAAACCCAAACUCUUCAGGGGACUGCAAAUCAAGUAUGUUCGUGGUUCAGACCCUGUGCUAAAGCUGCUGGAUGAGAGUGGGAACAUUGCUGAAGAGCUCAGCAUCCUGAAAUGGAACACAGAUAGCGUGGAAGAAUUCCUCAGUGAAAAACUAGAACGCAUCUAAACCUUGCUUUUGAUUCUCUCAUAUUGCUUGGUCCAUUUUUGUUAUCAUCCCUUACGAGCUCAAUUCUGAUCUCAGCACAUAAUUCCAAUGCUUGCUUCCUUUUUUCAGUUCUAGAAUUCCUUUUAUGGGGCAUUUAAUAUCUUGAAUUAAAAGUGGAAGGUUCAGCUUUGCACAUGAGAGCCAGCAAGAUGGCAAGCUGAACCAAUAGCCAAUUUUUAAUAGAUCAUAAUUCUCCUUAAUUUGUUGGUACUGGUAGCAAAAUGCGUUGUAAAAAAAUUGAUUGAUAAUAAUGUUAAUUGUUAAAAAUGCUCAAGUUUGUGAUAAUUGGACCAGCUUUACAAGCAGUAGACUUUUAAAACUAGCCAGCCAUAUGAAUAACAGAGGUGGCCACCUUGCCUAGUACGCUGUGCUCAAAGUCUCAAGCCAUUGAGAUUUUCUGGGCCUCAAACAGAUUGUCUGCCGCAGUUUUUUAUUUUUAUAUUACUCAGUUCUCCUUUCAUUAGAGAUAUUAUUUAUAGUAGCUUCUAUUGAAUCUGCCGAUCAGAAAAAUAUCGUAGCUUCGUUCUAGGAUUGGGGACCUGGAGUGACAGUGAAACAUGGAGACGAUACGCAUUAGUGACGACUGCACAGAAAACCUCAUGGAUUUGUGUAUGUCUGAUGUUCGUGUAUUUCUUCUGUUCUGCUUUACUUCUGCAAAUGCAAUCCAGAAGAAGACAAUUUGUUAAAUGGAAGUGGAAUUAAAAAGUUUUACAAAAAA